CAUUAACUUACGAUAUAACCUGCUGCACCUGGGGUUCGUGUUGUUUGCAUAUUUCAAGUAGGAUUAUAGAAUGGCGAACAUGGGCCGGUAAGAAAUCCUCUGAAGGCCGGCUGACGUGACAUUUUGAUCAGUUAAGCCGCAGUGACAAGACACAAGUCUAUUUACGUACAUUAUGAACAUUAUGAAAUUUAGAAACUUGAUAUGCAUGCGUGAACUAUCGCGGGGCUUCGGACUGAAGUUACGAACAGCCGCUCAUUGAUUACAGGGGUUUAAAGUAAAUGGAAACUGACAGAUCCACAAGGACAUUUGCAGCUACAUUUGAAUAAUGUGUUUCUGGUUUAUACAUUUAUUACAAUUUGAUGAUUGUCAACUAUGAAUGCUAUAUCGAAGAGAAGAAAACUAAUAUUGGAAUGCCGCUUCUCAAAGGCAGAUCCAGAACAAUAAAAGUGGAACCUUCGAUUCAUAACAAGUCAGGGAAUAUUCCGUCAGAGGAAGACGUAAAUUCUAAAGAAGUAGGCAGCGACGACGGGACAACAAUGCCACCAUAUUUAUCAACUUUGAAAUUUCAGCUGAAGCACUUGGACGCCGACAUGGUUCGGCAAUCGGACUAUUUGGAGGAAGGAAUUGAAUACACUUCUCUUCCAGCGCAUAAAACUAAAGGAACACAAACCAUCACUUUACCAUUGAACAUGCCUGUUGUGAGGAGCGAGAAACUAUGCUUUCGUCGAAAAGGCGACAGCUCACCUAAUUUUAAGCACCGGCUGAAUAGUUCAGUUACGGACGAUUGUUCUACGGUUUCACUUGCUGGGUCACACACGCAUGGACAAGAAAACGACGUGAGUAAAAUCAUAGAUGGUUCCGACGAUACUGGUUCAACAGCAGGAAAAUGGUUCAGUGACAUCGAUAAAUUAACGAGCUUCAAAGCCAAGCACAAAAUUGAAUUCUUCUCCAGAGAAAAGAAGGAAAUAGAAAGAGAAUGGACGUCGACUCCAAAGAAAUUUUACAAGUGUAUUUUGAAUUGUAGACAAAAGCAAUUAUCUCAGUGUAAUCGUUUCCGAACCUCUAAGCGCGAUCCUAGUCAGGGAUCGAAAAAAGUUUCCUUCCCUGCUGAUGUUAUAUUAUUUUCUGCUAUCGAGGAAAAUGCGUCGAAAGAAUUAAUUGAAAUAAUAAGGAUUCACAAGAUUGAUGUUAAUUUAAGUAGAAAUGCACGCGGACUUCCUCCCCUUCAUCGAGCAGUACAGCGCGGAGCUGUUGAAUGCGUUCGAGUUAUUCUGAAUCAUUCGGCGGAUGUGAAUUUGAGAGACUCCUUAAAUCGCCCAGCUAUCAAUCUAGCGAUUUCAAUGCGCCAAUUUGAGUGCAUUGUGCUUUUGAUCGAGUCAGGAGCUAGCGUAGCUGAGUACACAAACCAACGCUUACAGGAUUAUGAAAACGUUCAGACUUUAUCGAAGAGCUGUUAUCGAUCUUUCGAGGCCAAUGUUUAACAUGAAUGAUAUUCGAACUCCUCGAGUAGCUUAAAAUCGCCGCUCAGUUACAAGGUCAUUCUGUAUUUUUAGCUUACAAUAGCGUCAAAGCCGUUUUAUCGGUUGAUAAUAAAAAGAACCCACUGAAGCAUA